AUGCUCACUGCUUUCCUUUUAUUGUCUGCAGCUGCAGUGGUGGUUCUGAGCGAUAGCGAUGUCGAGAGCGCGAUGCACGAAGUGACCACCACCAAGGAUGGUGCAACAUGGUGUCCUGUACCAGUGGUUGGUACACAGUGCCCCUCACCAAGUAUAUUUCACUACUACAAAUGUUGCGGUACCGCUAACAAAGACUGCUGCUUUAACCUACAGACGUGGGUGAUUGUUGUGUUGGCGGUGAUUGCUGUAGUCAUCCUAGCAUCGUUUGUCCUCUCAAUCCUUCGCUGCUUGUUCUGCCGGCGUUGA